ACGGCCUUUUUGCAGUGCAUCUGGAGGUAUUUCUGUGAGCGCGGAGGUGCGGUGAUGGUGGAUGUGGAGACUAGCCGAGAAUUCAGUUGCUGGGGGAUGUGUGGAUAGCCAAUCCCGGGUGAUCGGAGCUUUGGAUCCGUGCGCUGCAGACGGUGUUGUCUCGUUCCUGUGACCCCGCAUUUCUACUAAAAUACCACUUAGACACGUCCGUUUCCGAACAUACUACACCGAAUCCCUAUACUGUCUCUCUUUCCCGCUUCUGUCCUGUCACAUCGUGUCUGAUCUCUCUUCAUGGUCUUGUGACUCUCCUCCAGUCUUUGCCCAUCAAUUAACCUCUACAAAUCCUUCUCUUAUUUACUCUAUAUCCGGUCCCUCAUCUAAUUUUCACUAUAAAACCCCCUCCCUCCUUGACACCAACACAUUCCCCCCACUUUACUUUCCUCGCCGUCCUUUCUUUCUCUCUCCCCGCAUUUACAUUCCCACAUCUUCACCCCUAUAGCUGUCCGCCACACACAUAUUUUGGGAUGUGCAACCUAGAAACCGAAGGAACAAAAUAUGGCUGCGGGCAUUACAAAGUGACGAAGAAAGUGAGGAAGCUAGACUGCAUGAGUCCUUACUGCAUCCAUUCGUCUCGGCACCCAAGUUAUUGUCCAGACUGCCACUGUGACCGAUUUUUCGGUCCGGAUGCAAAAGAGACGAUCACUCUCACUACCAAAGAAUACUGCACAUCUUGUCAGUACUGGUUCAAAGGCGGCGCGCAACAACGUCGAUAGCGUUGGCGCCAUUACUCUCCCCGGCUAAGAGUCUGCUCCCCUAUUCCACGUGUAUUUAAUCUCUACAGUCCUCGUCUUCACUAUCAUACAGCUGCUAUUCUUGCAUGUCGCUCUGCCAUAUUUUUUGCUCUGUGUAUUAUAAUUCAUAGUUUUGUCUCUCAUCACAGACCUAUGUCACCCAUAUCAUGAUGAUCCAUAUGCAUGUUAAUUAACCUAUUAAUAUUCACGUUGCAUGCCCC